CUUCGGUCUCUUUGCUUCCCAUUUUGUACCGUACAGUACGUCCACCGAAGUACUGACGUUUCGCUGUGCCAUCGCAUGGCCGACGUGUGCAUACCGAGGUUCACUUUCGCGUGGUACCCGCUGUGUCACAAGAAUCGUAUUUAAAACGUAACGCUUGUGGCAAACAUCAACAUUACAGAUCCCAAAGUGAGUGAGAGAGAAAAAUUCGUAGAUCCGGCCUCUCACAUCGACGUGGACCACCUUUCUCAGUCUACGGCCCAGUUGGUGGUAAAAAUUUAAUUUGGUAGGACACCCGUAAACCGCGACCACGCGACACACGGCGCAGCAAUGUCCAACGAGGAGACUUCCGCCGACCGCAAUGUCGAGAUCUGGAAGAUCAAGAAACUCAUAAAAAGUCUCGAAAUGGCCAGAGGAAAUGGGACUAGCAUGAUUUCGCUAAUUAUUCCCCCAAAGGAUCAAAUAUCAAGAGUAAGCAAAAUGUUAGCGGACGAGUUCGGAACUGCAUCAAAUAUUAAAUCUCGUGUAAAUAGACUAUCAGUUUUGGGUGCAAUCACAUCUGUACAACAUAGGCUAAAAUUAUAUACUAAAGUGCCUCCAAAUGGCCUGGUAAUAUAUUGUGGUACCAUUGUAACGGAAGAAGGAAAAGAAAAGAAGGUCAACAUCGACUUUGAACCUUUUAAACCUAUUAAUACUUCUCUCUAUCUGUGCGAUAAUAAGUUUCACACCGAAGCACUGACGGCGUUGCUUGCUGAUGAUAACAAAUUUGGUUUUAUAGUUAUGGAUGGUAAUGGUGCACUGUUCGGUACACUUCAAGGAAAUACUCGUGAAGUCCUACAUAAAUUUACUGUAGAUCUUCCAAAGAAGCAUGGCAGAGGCGGACAAUCGGCUCUCCGUUUUGCUCGAUUACGUAUGGAAAAACGGCACAAUUAUGUUCGAAAAGUUGCAGAAGUAGCUACUCAGUUGUAUAUUACUAACGAUAAACCUAAUAUUGCUGGUUUAAUCUUAGCUGGUAGUGCCGAUUUUAAAACAGAACUUAGCCAAUCUGACAUGUUCGAUCCAAGAUUGCAAGCAAAAGUUAUAAAGUUGGUAGAUGUUUCGUACGGCGGAGAAAAUGGUUUUAAUCAGGCUAUUGAACUAGCUGCUGAAUCUUUACAAAAUGUAAAAUUCAUUCAGGAAAAGAAAUUAAUUGGUCGUUAUUUCGACGAAAUAUCACAAGAUACGGGAAAAUAUUGUUUCGGCGUAGAAGAUACAUUAAGAGCUCUAGAGUUAGGUAGUGUGGAAACCCUUAUUUGUUGGGAAAACUUAGAUAUUCAACGAUACGUUUUAAAGAACCAUACAAACGCAGAGGAGAAAGUUUUACACCUAACGCCGGAACAAGAGAAAGACAAAACUCAUUUUACUGACAAAGAGAGCGGAGUUGAAUUGGAACUCGUAGAGUGUCAGCCUCUGCUCGAAUGGCUUGCAAACAAUUACAAAAGCUUUGGUGCCACCCUGGAAAUUAUUACAGAUAAAUCCCAAGAAGGUUCUCAAUUUGUAAGAGGUUUCGGCGGUAUUGGAGGUAUAUUGCGGUACAAAGUGGACUUUCAGAGUAUGCAGCUGGAAGACGUCGAAGUUGAUAGUUUUGAUCUGGAUGACUAUUAAAUUCGUGACUCAACAGACAGUUCUUUUAGCUUCAAAGGAAAACAUAUACCUAUGUUUUCCCUUGCAUCGUAUUCAAGAGAGGCACAUAGAAGGACGUGAUUAUUAAAAUUAUCAUAUGAUGCAACACACAUAAAUCAUGAAAUUAUUCAUUAGAGUUCAUUCAAACAGUUUGCAAUCGAUACACAAAAGUGAGAAGCACAACAUGUGGCGCGCUAAUAAGUAAUACAUUGUCCAUGAAGAAAAGAGGCAACUCGAAGACUGUGACACUUAAUUAAGCCAGCUUGAUACCUGCCUAUCUCACACAACACUACCUUAUAAUACAAUUAUAUUCUUGAAUUAUUCACAUGGAUUUAUUUAAAUAAUUACACGCGCUACAGAGCUGCAUACGUUUUGUACAGUGCAUAAAUUUGAGACAUCAUAAUUUUUUGUAUCAAAUUGAUAUUCAUCGUCUCGUCGUGGAUUUAUGAUAAAAGGUAUUACUCUAACAAACACGAGGAUGUAGCGGUUAUUUUUGUUCAGACACAAUCACGAAUAAGUUGUAAUAAACUGAUUAUCAUAAACAUGAAGCUGCGUAUCGUGCAUUCUAUACCAAUUACUAAAUUCAUAUGAAUAAUGAAGAGUUUUGUACAUAGACUUAAAUUUUUAAUGGCACUGUUGCCUUAGACAUAAGUUAAGGUCGCGUAAUAUCCCGGGGAAAUAAAAACCUUUCCGUCUCAUCGAGUGAUACACAUAUAAACAUAAGAAAUGAUUUUUCGUAAUCUGUAUUAACUUCGCUGACUUUCGACUCUUCUAUUUUGUACACUCAGGAUUGUAUAUAACAAACGCUUCGCAUGUGUAUCGAGAUAUCUCUUUGAUUGUCACAACGGUGCACUCUAUUAGUAAAGACAGUAUCUUCUGCAAUAUUUAAGUGGCAGUAAUUUAAAGAAGAAGAAAAUAUUACAAAAUUAUUUUAACAUUGUUAAUUCAACUUGCUUAUUCAUAUGAUGCCUUUGUAAUAAACAAUAAUAUGUAUGUAUAAAUGUGAGAAGAAUGAAACGUGCAAUUUUGGUGAAGUAUCUUUUAUGAAAUAUCGCUGUAUAGUAAACGAAGGUUCUUGUGAAUGUUGUGAAAUCUUUUGGUGAAAAUAAUGUAUUGUUAAUUAAUAGUAUAAUUAGGUUAUUUAUACUAUUAUACAGUAUGUGAUGCAAGGGGGAGGGGGGGAGUAAAGCUUUAUGAAAACUUCAUCAAAAUGGAACGUUCAAUAAAAGAUGAUCUGGCUUAUGGUAUGUGCACAACGAAUUCCGAAUGAUGGGUUUAAAAGUAUUGUAUCUGUGUAUUGUCUUAAAGACACUGAUGUGUUACAUGCCGGCUUAAUGUUUCUUUAAAUUUUUAUAUGUAAACAUUUUCUCAAUAGGUAUCUAGCUAAUUAUUUAUUACUAUGUCGGUGCGAUUAUUUCUUCUGCAAGGCAGGAGCUUUGUUUUAAGUAUGCAAGUCCUAGUUCUGUAAGAACACGAUAAACAUUAGAGAGAGACUAGGAAAAGCCGUGUAAUCUUUGUAAUCUUCUUUUACUCUUUUUUUUUUUUAAGGUGAGAGUAAAAAUGAGGAAACGAGCGUGCGUGGGAGGACGCAUGAAAGCAAAAGUGACGUCGUCCAUACAUCUCAUUUAAACGAAUCAAUGACGUACUUAGAUUAUGGCUUGCCUAUGAUCUCUUCUACAAGCAUAGUUGUAUAAUAUGCUAAAAAAUUCAUAAUUUCUUGGCAAUCUUAUUCUCGUGUAUUGCACUAGUUAAAUAUGUUUGUUCCUUUCAAAAGUUACUUUAUAUCUGACAAGGCAAUACAAAGAUGUAAUCGUUAUAAGAUUUUGCUUAAUCAAAUUUCUCAAAGUACGGAUUUAAUACCUCAUAUUUUAUAUGUAUUAUGUGCGUAUAGUACACUUGUGCGACAUCCUAAAGAUUUAACUCGUUUUUCACCGAGGUGACCACGAGAAUACGUAGAGUUAUGGAAUUUCACGUUAAAGAUUGGGUGUUGGCCGUACCUUAAUACACAAUCUAUUAAAAAUGUUUUGUGAAGUGAUAAAGAGGGAUAUUGAAAUAAUGAUUUAUACGAUUACAAAGCAGCAACACGCGGAUAGUUUAUAUGAAAUACAUUCUUAUUAUAAAGAUACAAGUUAUUACCUUGGAAGAAUACAUAUUAUUAAUUGAUCUAUAUAAUUGCCUUUAUUUUUGAAUUGUUAAUUUAUAAAUGCACGCAGUGUAAAAAAGUGUUUUAUCGCAAUUAUCAUACGUAGGGUUUUACACCUUCAGAUCGGUGGAGAUAUCUUUAAAAAAGCUUCUCGCGACCUCGAAAUUCAAGUUUAAAUUUUACUUCAAACGUAUUGUUCCCUAUUCUUUGUAAGAUAUAAACUUAUCAAUAGAAUCACGUGUCUCAAAGUUACUGUUUCGUUCAAAAUUGAGGAAUAUUGUCAUCCGUGAGAUGAUGCCUGUAGAUUUCUUAAAUUUUUGUCUUUAGGAUAGGUAAAAAUGAUAUAUUCGGCAAUUAAAAGCGCACAUAAAUGACGUGUUACAUCGAUUACAGAAUAUUUUAGGCCUUGACCAACGAAUUCUUAAUAAAAUAAAGUCCAGAUUACAAAUGCAUUUGCUAAGUAAUGGCGACCAUUGAUAUUGGUAUGGGAACUCGAUUAGUAUAUGAAACAUUAAUGAAAAUUGAUACAUUUCUUGAUUUCGAGCAAGAUACAGAAGAUAAACAUUUAAAAAAAAAUUUACAUUUAAUUAUUCAAUAAUUAUCAUUUACGAAAACAAUUGAACCACGACGUAUGGUUGUUUGAUACGUUUGGUUCUUGCGAUAAGUAUAAUACCACAAAUUCUGCAAGAAAUUUUUUUUAAUAGAUCUCCAUCAAUUUAACCCUAAAUCUUAAAACCUUCAAAUGAGGUCUAGAAAAAGGUGUAGAAUUCACUUAUGAUAGCCACGACAAAACAUUUUUUAUAUCCUGUAUAUUUUUACUUCUGUAAUAAUUUCAAUAUGCAUGAUAAUGUGUACUGUUUCCUUUUUCUUAGAAAUGCGAGAUUAUAAAAAUAUUUUGAUUUUUUUUUUCUUUAAUGACGCAGAACUAUAAAACGAUAAAAUGUGUCUGCAUUUCAUUAACAAUACUAGGUAACUACUUGACGAUUAACCAUUAUUUCCGAUCCCUCUUUUUUCACAUAGGCAUUACUCAAAAUUUAUACAAGGAGAAUUAACGUAUCGUUAAUAUCAAAGUCUAAUGAGAAUUUGAGUAGACUAGUAUAUGAAGAAAAAUGAAUAAUAAGUGAAAAUACAAUCUAUGUUUCUCAUGCAAACAAGUUGCUAUUAGAGCCCGGAAAUGUCACGAUAACAUAUAUUUUCGCGGGGCAUUUUCAGAACAAAUAAACAGAAACGUUAAACGUAUACAGUGCUUUAAUAAGUAGCGAUAGCGAUAGAAUAUAGAUAAACAAUAGUCGGUACACUUGCCCCGUGAUGGUUUGGUGAUUAGAGAUAUUUCCGGGUUCCGAUUAUAACAUCUCUUCACAUUUACGAUUUCAUUAAUGCUUCCCUUUUUAUAACACGUAAAUUUCAGUUAUGUAAAUUAGUGAAAAAGCAUGAAAUUUUAAAUUAUUGGUAAGACAUGUUCGCCUAUACAAUAAGGUGCUGUUUAGUAGAGAGAACUACUUUUUUCAAUCUACUGGUAAACCGCAGUCGUAUGGGGAAAAAAAAAGAAAAUAUUGGCAUAGUACAAUAAAAAGGAGUAUACAGUGGGAUAUAUUUUAUACAAUAUUUAUAUACCUGGUUGUAUCUAGAUACUUUUACUUACUAUGUACAUUUGGAUGAAAAGGGUCGAAUGUAUUUAUAACUUCAACUGCUUCAAAAAUAAUUUUAAUCUUGUAAUAUCGAAGUACAUACACA